ACUUCACCUCAGGGCAAAUAAAAAACUAAUCUCUAUUGGUUGACAACUGAAAACGACAACUGCAGAUUGCGAGAUUUUUAAUUGUUAAUUUUGAGACUCGCAGAAGUGUUCAAGUGUGUGUAGUAGUGGCAUAUAGUGCAUUGUGUGACAAUGGCGACGAUGUUGAAGGUAGAGGCGGAGGCGGAGGCGUGCUGCGUGUGCGGCGGAGGCGGCGAACUGUUGACGCCGGAGGAGCACGACGCAGCCACCGGCGGUAUGCAGACGCCGCUACGUACCAUGCUGCAGCACCUCAACAACAACAAGGUGGUGCCGGAGGGGCGCGUGUGCGGGCCGUGCGCGGCCCGCGCGGCCGACGCGUACGAGCUGAGCUGCACGCUGGCGGCCCGCAGCGCGCCGCCGCUGGCCGACAAGAUCCGCGCGCUGCGGCGCCGCCUGCACGAGCUCACGCAGAAGAUCGACGUGUUCAUCGUGGUGGGCGGCGGCGCCGGCGCCGGCUACGGCGAGGACGACAUCAUCAUGGUGGAGAAGGAGGCGCUGGCCGCCGCCGCCGCCGCCGACGACGACGAGCUGGAGCACGCGCGCGACGCGCGCGGCGACCCCGUGUUCCAGUGCUCCGUGUGCCCGCUGUCGUUCCGGCGCGCGGCCGAGCUGCGCGCGCACGCCGCCACGCACCCGCCCGACGCCACGCACUCGUGCUGGGUGUGCGGCGCGCAGUUCGCGGCGCGCGACGCGCUGCGGGCGCACGCGGCGCAGCACGCGGCGGCGGGCGCGGGCGGCGCGGACGCGUGCGCGCUGUGCGGCGCGGCGCCCGCGUCGGCGGCGGCGCGGCGCCUGCACGCGGCGGCGUGCGCGGCGCGCUGCCCGGCCUGCGGCGCCGUGGCGGGCUCGCGCGCCGAGCUGGCGGCGCACGCGGCGGCGCGCCACGGCCGCGGCGCCGCGCCGCCGCUCGUGUGCCCCGCCUGCUUCCGCACCUUCGACGCGCCCGACCUGCUGUCGGCGCACGUGCUGCGCCACCGCCAGGCCAAGCAGUUCGUGUGCGGCUACGCCGCCUGCGUGCUGCGCUUCGCGUCCCGCGCCAACCUCAUGGCCCACAUCCGCAAGUGCCACGCCGCCGAGCCGCCCGAGCCGGAGCCCGAGCGGCCCGCCGAGGUCGCCUGCGACCACUGCGACCGCACAUUCGCCUCCGCGGCCGCUAUGAAGCGGCACGCCCACACGCAUCAGAAGGCCGCCGCGUUGCAGUACGACGACUCACAGAAAGCGGAGAUGGAGACAGAGAUGGAGUUCAUAGUGACCGAGGCCGGCGAGAUGGAAGCGGUAGAGGGCGAGGAGGGUGAGGUGGAGUACCUGGAGGUGGAAACGCUGGAGGACGCCGAGCUGGUGCUGCAGCAAGAGGAUGACAAGUCCGCAGUGGUCGCGCUGCAGGACUACUAGCCACUCGACACCAAUAAUGGUUUGGCCGUUAUCACACUGAAUGGAGAUUUUCGAUCGAAUUGAAAGCGAAACAAGUGCGCAGCAAAUUUGCCGAGAAACUGUAUAUCAACAAACCGUGGAUUGCACAUCGAUUGUGAUAAGGCCCUAAGUAGAAAAGACAAUUCCUCUGUCGUUUGUACAACAUAUCCAGGAAGAUAAGCUGCUCAACAUAUUCUGUUUUCUAUUUGCUGUGUCCAGCGAAAGUAUUAUGUCAAAUGUUGUAAAUGAUUUUAUUACCGUUAAGAACGGAAGGCGAUUGGGGCAACCACCGUUCUACACGCCCUAUCUAUGGAGUAAUGGCGGUUACUCCACCGACAAGAGCGCAGCUCUUAAAGAGAGAGAAGAAAGAGGUGUGCAGUAAAACCAAUAUAAUUUAACAAUUAUUAUCUUUAUUCAUAUAACGAUGUAUGAAACAACACUAAUUAUAAAACAUUUACAAAAUAA